AUGAACAACUGUGAUGAUUUGCGAGAUCUAGAAUGUGCAAUGGUGGGGGCUUCGUCUUGUACACAAGACAAAGUAGUCCAAUUACAGUGGCCAGGCACCUACAGACACGAGGCCAAGUCUCUCCAUCACAACACGAGUUCCCCCACUGGACAAAAUAUGGGACUGAUGGACCAGUGUGUUGAAGGGGAAAUGGUUGUAAAGGGAGCCAGACAAGUUUUUGGCCAUUAA